UUAAAUAAAAUUAUUUUGAUAUUUUUUUAAAAUAAAAAUUAUUUUUUUUGAAAACAAAUCUUGUUGUGUAACGUACUUUUUGUUAAGGACAAAUUCGAAUGUUUCCUCAAUUUGUGUGGUUAUUUUGAUGUUCGAAUUUGACUCGGUUAUUGUGUAAAUUGAAAUGAAAAGUUUGUUGAUUUUCAAUCAUGUCUGAUAAUACUUAUUUUGUAAAUGAAGAUGAUUAUGAAAAUAAUAAUAAUGAUAAUCAGCAAGAUGAAAAUAAUGAACAUGAAAUACUUGAACCAUUGGAUACAACACACGAUAAUAUCAGUUUGGAUCCAAUAGAAUCGGUUCUAUUCAUUAGCUAUCAAAAUCGUAAAAUAGCUUUUGCUUUUUAUCGUAUUGGUUCGACAAAGAUUGAAUUAUUUCAUGAAAUGUAUGAAUUUGAAGAUUUUAUUGUCACACGUAAUGUGUUGGCAAAAUUUCAACCAGAUAAUGUUUUUAUCGGCACAAAUUGUGAUUCGAAAUUAUAUUGGUUUUUGAGAAAAUUAUCAUCAAAUUUUUGUGAACAAAUAGUGACAAUAAUGAAAGAUGAUUUAAAUGAAUCUAAAGAUGAAGAAAAUUCUAUACAACAUAAUGAAGAUGUUGAUACAACAAAUUCAAUCGUUAACAAUAAUGAUGAUGAAGAAAACUCUUUUUCAUUCACAUUAGAAGGUGAUACAACAUUAAAUUUACUUAAUAAUCAAUUCAAACUACAUAUUGUUCCAUCAAAAUUGUACAAUUAUGAACAAUGUAAAUCAAGAAUAUUAUUGUUUAAUUUUCAGCCAAUAUCACAUCAAAGUGAUAAAACAGUACGAUAUAUUUAUCUUACAGCACAAAUUGAUUUUUCCGAACCGAACACUAUUCGUUCACUUGGUGUAUUGUUAUUUUUUAUUGAAAAACAAUUAAUGCCAUUAGCCAAUUCGAAUGUCAAUUGUAUAUCGGAUUUGAUUUAUUUUUUUCUCGAUCAUUUUUUAUCAAUCGAUCAAACAACAUAUGAUGCAUUGGAUAUAUUUAAAGAUGAAUGGCAUCCUUCAUUAUCGAAAAAAGGAUUUACAAAAAAAGAAAGCUUCUCAUUGUACGGUGUAUUCAAUACAUGUGCAAGUAAAAUUGGUUCAAAUUAUUUGCGUAAAAUUUUUCUACAACCUUGUACUGAUAUCGAUAUUUUAGAAGAACGAUUGGAUAUUGUUGAAUUUUUUGUCUGUCCAGAGAAUUCUUAUUUUAAAACAUCACUGUAUGAUUUUCUUAAAAAUAUCAAACACAUUUCACCGAUAAUCAAUCGUUUUCGUGGAUCAAAUUUUCAGAUUUCCGAUUUUCGUACAUUACAACAAAAUCUUUUCAGUAUUAUAUCGAUAAAGAAUCUUAUCACAAAUCGUUUAUCAAAUUCAGAUAAAAAUCUUAAAUUUUUUGAUAAAAUAACUGAUCAUUUUAUAAUCAUUUUGAAUGAAAUUCUUGAAUGUAUUGAAAAUACAAUUGAUUUUGAUAAAUCAAAAGAUGAUGGUGGAAAAGUUUCAAUCAAAACUGGUGUCGAUGAUGAAUUGGAUAAGAAAAAAUUCUAUUUCAAUAAAUUACCUGAAAUUCUUGGUAAUUCUAUGGAUCAGGCAACAUUAAUUAAAGAAAUGAUUCAAACAUAUAAUAUCAGCAUUACACUUUUAUAUGUUCCACAAUUGGGAUUUCUAUUACAGCUUCCGUUGAUUGAAGUACAAAAAAUUGCCGAUAUUGAUAAAUAUCAAUUAAGAUUUUUGUUUUGUGCUGCAACGGCUGCUUAUUAUAAAAAUUCAAACACCGAUGAAUAUGAUUCAUUAUUUGGUGAUAUUCACGGUGAAAUUAAUGAUAUGACUUUGCAAAAUCUUAUAAAAAUUAAAGAAUUUAUUGUUGAACGUAUCGAUAUAUUAUUGAUAGCCAAUAGUUAUUGUGCAUUUCUUGAUGCAAUGAUAGCUAUAAGUCAAGCAGCAAUCGAUAUGAAUUUCAUCAGACCAAAAUUUAAUUGUAAAGAUACGAUCAAUAUUAUUGAAGGUCGACAUCCACUUUAUGAAUUGAUAACACGAUCGUUUAUGACUAAUGAUUAUUAUUGUGAUAGUACAAAAUCAUCGAAAACAAUGAUUAUUUUUGGUCAAAAUGGCAGUGGUAAAACUGUUUAUUUGAAACAAAUUUGUUUGAUCAUCUUUCUGGCUCAAAUCGGCUCAUUUGUUCCGGCUAAAUUGGCUGAAAUUCAAAUAAUGGAUAAAAUUUUUACAAGAAUUCGUACACCUGAAUCAAUUUCGACACAAUUAUCAUCAUUUAAACUUGAUUUGAAUCAAAUGAUUGCUGCAACCAGAUUUGUUAAACGUCGUUCAUUGGUUAUUAUCGAUUGUUUUGGUAAAGGUACACUUUAUAUUGAUGGUCUAGCAUUGCUGAAAAGUUUUAUCAAUUAUUGGAUUAAUAAUGAUCAACAGCCAUUUCUUAUUAUUUCAACUCAUUAUAAUAUUCUAGCAAAAAUGAUUCCACGAGAUAAAGUAUUGUUUGGUCGUUUUGAUAAUGAUUCUCGUAACUAUAAAUUGAAAUUAUAUCAACAAAAUUGUAAUGAUGUUGAUGAUGAUGAUGAAUUAUCAACUAUUCAUACAGCACCAGAAUUAAUUGAUUUAUGUAAAAAAGUCAAUGAUGAAAACAGAAAAAUGGAAUUGAUAGCGAAACUUCGAAAUAAAUUUCAAUCUUACAUACAAUAUGCUGAUAUGAUUUUGAAUAAUGAGCAAUUAGAUAAAAUCAAUUCAUUUGUUAAAGAUGUGAUUUCAAACGAAUCAACAAAAGAAAAUCAAUCA